AUGGCGGACACGACUGCGAGGAAAAGCAACAACAAGAACAACAAAGUUUACGAAGCACGAAAAAUAAACAGAUCCAUAACAGCAGAUCAUGACAAAGGAUGUGUUAAUGACUUUGGAGAUUCAUCAGCAGCUACAGCAAUGGCUUCAGGUCUCAUCGCACUGACACUGGAAGCAAACCCCUCCUUAACAUGGCGUGAUGUGCAACACGUGAUUGCUAGAACUGCCAGAUCAGCGCCUGGAGGAGUGCCGCUACAGAGAGGAGACUGGGUCAGAAACAAAGCUGGUUUGUCCGUCAGCAAAUAUUAUGGCUUUGGGCUCAUGGAUGCAGGCAAGAUGGUAUACUUGGCGAAACACUGGAACACAGUUCCCAAGCAACGAAAAUGCGUGAUUGAGGCACAAGAUGUAAACAGGACAAUCCCGUCUGAAGUUACCAUAAAGUUUGACAAUUGUGACAUAAAAUACCUCGAACAUGUCCAGGUGAAUGUAAGUCUCUAUUUUCCACGCCGAGGAGACCUUGGUCUUGCGCUGGAGGCUCCGACUGGGACCACUUCGCCACUGACUAGUUACCGCAUGAUGGAUAACUAUUUGGGAGAACCAACACUGACAAACUGGGUCAUCACAACCUUGUUUCACUGGGGAGAGAGUCCUGAGGGGCAGUGGAAACUUAAUGUCACAAACUUAGACCCAAGUUUCCAAACAACGGGUGAACUUCGAAGAUGGUCCUUGAUAUUUUACGGAACGACUGUUGAUCCCCUUGUAAAUAAGUCCUUUGUUGUAACAACAGCCACAGAAGAUGAAUCUUCAACAAGACAAAUGGAAAAAGUACUAACUACAAGAAAAACGGGGACAACACCCACCCGCCCUGCCCUCCCGAAGAAAAUUUUAAUCAUCGUUGGUUCCACAGUUUCUGCGAUAGUACUACUUGGCGUGACAGCUUUGCUGGUUAUCAAAUACGGUUUUCUACGUUGCCCAAUACAUGGUAAAAGGAGUAACUCAGGUGCGAAGGUAACCAACAUAGACCUACGUCACCAGAGUGGAGAAUGUGUUCCUGAUUACGCGAGUAGUUCGUUAGCAAAGGCAGAGCGCACAGAUGUUGGAGUUUUUGUUUAGCGUGGCAUUGAUAAAGAAACACUAAUCAAACUAUUCGCGCUCAGGUCGGUUGAAAACCGUCUUACCGUACCGGCGUAAACCUAUGAAGACAGGUAACUUUAAGUACUUAUCAAUACUUAUAAAAGAGAUAGAAAACGGUUAUAGAAUUUAUAUGGCUGGAUGGUUCCCGUUUGUUUUCGA